GAUGAUUGUAGGAGUCUGUCACUAUACCAAGUGAUAGUGAUUGUAGGAGUCUGUCAUUGUACCGAGUGAUAAUGAUUGUAGGAGUCUGUCAUUGUACCGAGUGAUAAUGAUUGUAGGAGUCUGUCAUUGUACCGAGUGAUAAUGAUUGUAGGAGUCUGUGAUAAUGAAACAGUUCUUUACUAACCUCAAAAUUAACUAUAGCAGGAUUAAGGAAAUUGUGCCUGUGACUCAGAAAAUUACAUUGUUUUUAUUAGGGGGAUCGUGAUUAACUAAACAAGAAAGUAAAGGAAAGUAAUGAGAUGUGAAGAACCUUCAUUAGUAUUGGUUUCUAAAUACUGUUGUGUGUUUAUUUGACAAGCUAGUAAAUACAAACAGCUGUUAGUCUCUAUCCAGCGUCUUGAAAAAUUUAAAAAGAUGCCAGUUAGAUUAGUCUUGUGACGUUAUUUGAUUAACGAUCCACUAGUUUCGAGUUAAUUGAUACCAAAAAUGAAACUAAACAAUAGCAGACUAGUUGUUUUUAUGGUAAUUUAUACCCAACUUAUUAUAUUGAUAUUAUACAGACUUGAACAUAUAUAGAUAACUUGAAUAGGUAAGGAUGAAAACUUUAUUACAAGUUUAACGUAGAACCUGAUGAUGGUAAAAUAUUGUUUUUAUGCUAAACUUGUAAUACAGUUUUCUUCAUUACCUAUUCAAACUUUGUAGUUAGGAUUGGAUCCAGGUUAAUGUCUACCCAGUAUAAAACAUCAAAUGCAACACAGAUAUGUGUGAAAUAUAAAGUGACAGGUAUUAUUAUCCAUAAGAUCAGUACUAAACAUGUUAUAGUAGCAUCAUUACAGGGUGUUGACAGACUUGUGGACGAGCAUCAUUACAGGGUGUUGACAGGUAUUAUUAUCCAUAAGAUUAGUACUAAACACGUUAUAGUAGCAUCAUUACAGAGUGUUGACAGACUUGUGUUUUGUAGACGAGCAUCAUUACAGGGUGUUGACAGGCUUGUGUUUUGUAGACGAGCAUCAUUACAGGGUGUUGACAGACUUGUGUUUUGUAGACAAGCAUCAUUACAGGGUGUUGACAGACUUGUGUUUUGUAGACAAGCAUCAUUACAGGGUGUUAAUAGACUUGUGUUUUGUAGACAAGCAUCAUUACAGGGUGUUGACAGACUUGUGUUUUGUAGACAAGCAUCAUUACAGGGUGUUAACAGACUUGUGUUUUGUAGACAAGCAUCAUUACAGGGUGUUAACAGACUUGUGUUUUGUAGACAAGCAUCAUUACAGGCAAUGUUGGACAGAUUAAUGGAACAAAAUAACUUAUUAAUCAUUUCUGCAGAAUAAGUAAUAUAGUGAUCGUACAUAUUAGUUAAUAAAUAGAAAUAGGAAGUUAUGUUACUCAUUAUAUUUGUCUCGUAUGUCCUGAAAAACAGCUGUAAUAUUCCUUACUAUUUUCAACUACACAUUGGUAAAUUUAUUUAUCAAUCUCUUUUUUUACACACUCUAUGUAACCAAUUAAUCUAAUCUCAGAGUCUGCAUGCACGUAAUUAGCCAGAUAAAAAUGAAACAAAGGUUUCAGUGCCGACGAAGCUGCUUUUUUCUCUUAUUUGUCUUCGUAGUUACUCAAAGAAAAAUAAUAUAGUUGAGGUACUUUAUUUGUUUAGGAUUUAGAAAUUGAAACUUGGUUUUAAAAGAAGAAAAAGCAUACUAAUGUAGGUGUAGAACAGAUAAAAGGAGAAUUUUUUGUGUGUAUGUAUUGAAAGUAACUAAUGUUAUUACUCCCAUUAAAAAUGUAAUCUCAUAUUACAUCAUUUAUGACCAAACUAUUAUCAUUACAUUAACGAGUUACUUAAGUAACUGAUUACACCUGUAUUUUUAUGUUGACAACUGUCAUUAACAGGGUAUUGACAGACUUAUGUUCUUUGGACACAUUUACUUCUUGUGUGAAGUAGGUUUUCACUUAAGUUUAAAAUAUUACAAGCUACAAUUGAUUUUCUCAGUUUUUAAGGUUUUCAACAAAUGUUAAUGUGUUCGUUUUAAUUAGUUAUAUUUUCUCAUUUUAACUUAUGCGUUAUUAUUAGGGAGGAUAUAAUUGUAUAAAAAGUAUUUUAUGAGCAUUAUUUAUUAGAACGAAUUUAGAAAUAGUUUGAAUUUAAAUUUGUAAACUUACAAUUAAGUAAUAUCACUUUUAAAAACGUUUUUUUAUAACUCAAAUACAAAAACGUCUACUUGCAAUAUUAUUUUGUCAAAAUAACUAUAUCUUUAAUUACAAUUGACUUUUUCAAAGAAUUUCAGGCAUAUGUCAUUAAUGAAAUAAAAUAUAUACAAAGAAACUUUGAG